GCGGCAGUAGCAGCGGCGCCGGUCCCGAGUGCAGGUGCUCCGUGCGGCGCAGUUUCUUGGCCAUCGCCUGCUCUCACCACAGCGUCAGGACGAGUCCCGUGCGUGUCCGUCCGCGGAGGUCUUUCUCAUCUCGCUCGGCUGCGGGAAAUCGGGCUGAAGCGACUGAGUCCGCGAUGGAGAAAACUUUAGAAACUGUUCCUUUGGAGAGGAAAAAGAGAGAAAAGGAACAGUUCCGUAAGCUCUUUAUUGGUGGCUUGAGCUUUGAAACCACAGAAGAAAGUUUAAGAAACUACUAUGAGCAAUGGGGAAAGCUCACGGACUGUGUGGUUAUGAGGGAUCCUGCAAGCAAAAGAUCAAGAGGAUUUGGCUUUGUAACUUUUUCAUCCAUGGCCGAGGUUGAUGCUGCCAUGGCUGCAAGGCCUCAUUCCAUCGAUGGCAGGGUAGUUGAGCCAAAGCGUGCUGUAGCAAGAGAGGAAUCUGGAAAACCAGGAGCCCAUGUGACUGUGAAGAAGCUGUUUGUUGGUGGAAUUAAGGAAGAUACUGAGGAACACCACCUUAGAGAUUACUUUGAAGAAUAUGGAAAAAUUGAUACUAUUGAAAUAAUUACUGAUAGGCAGUCUGGAAAGAAAAGAGGCUUUGGCUUUGUUACUUUUGAUGACCACGAUCCUGUGGAUAAAAUUGUCUUGCAAAAAUAUCAUACCAUAAAUGGUCACAAUGCAGAAGUUAGAAAGGCAUUGUCUAGACAAGAAAUGCAGGAAGUCCAAAGUUCUAGGAGUGGAAGAGGAGGAAACUUUGGUUUUGGGGAUUCUCGUGGUGGUGGUGGCAAUUUUGGACCAGGACCAGGAAGCAACUUUAGGGGGGGAUCUGAUGGAUACGGAAGUGGACGUGGAUUUGGGGAUGGCUAUAAUGGGUAUGGAGGAGGACCUGGAGGUGGCAAUUUUGGAGGUAGCCCUGGUUAUGGAGGAGGAAGAGGAGGAUAUGGUGGUGGAGGACCUGGAUAUGGCAACCAGGGUGGGGGCUACGGAGGUGGUUAUGACAACUAUGGAGGAGGAAAUUAUGGAAGUGGAAAUUAUAAUGAUUUUGGAAAUUAUAACCAGCAACCUUCUAGCUAUGGUCCAAUGAAGAGUGGAAACUUUGGUGGUAGCAGGAACAUGGGAGGACCAUAUGGUGGAGGGAACUAUGGUCCUGGAGGAAGUGGAGGAAGUGGGGGCUAUGGUGGAAGGAGCCGAUAUUGAGCUUCUUCCUACUUACCAUGGGCUUCACUGUAUAAAUAGGAGAGGAUGAGAGCCCAGAGGUAACAGAACAGCUUCAGGUUAUCGAAAUAACAAUGUUAAGGAAACUCUUAUCUCAGUCAUGCAUAAAUAUGCAGUGAUAUGGCAGAAGACACCAGAGCAGAUGCAGAGAGCCAUUUUGUGAAUGGAUUGGAUUAUUUAAUAACAUUACCUUACUGUGGAGGAAGGAUUGUAAAAAAAUGCCUUUGAGACAGUUUCUUAGCUUUUUAAUUGUUGUUUCUUUCUAGUGGUCUUUGUAAGAGUGUAGAAGCAUUCCUUCUUUGAUAAUGUUAAAUUUGUAAGUUUCAGGUGACAUGUGAAACCUUUUUUAAGAUUUUUCUCAAAAGUUUUGAAAAGCUAUUAGCCAGGAUCAUGGUGUAAUAAGAUAUAACGUUUUUCCUUUAAAAAUUUAAGUGCGUGUGUAGAGUUAAGAAGCUGUUGUACAUUUAUGAUUUAAUAAAAUAAUUCUAAAGGAAA